GUUUGGAUGUGUGGCGGUACUCUGGAAACCAUUCCUUGCAGUCACGUGGGUCACAUUUUCCGCAAACGAUCACCGUACAAAUGGGAGUCCAAAUUCACUUCCCCACUUCGACGAAACACGAUCCGAUUGGCAGAAGUGUGGCUAGAUGACUACAAACGUUUCUAUUACGCGAAAAUAGGUUUUCAACUUGGUGAUUAUGGUGACGUAUCAGACCGCAAACGAAUUCGGGAACAACUACAGUGCAAGCCUUUCAAAUGGUAUUUAGACAAUAUCUAUCCGGAACUGUUCGUACCCUCCGAUGCGAUCGCCUCCGGUGAUAUCGAGAACGUGGCAUCCGCGCACUGUAUUGAUGCCCCAACAAAAGGAAAAGAUGAUCGCACUGUCGUUAUCAGUAUGUGGCCUUGUCAUCGUCAGGGCGGAAACCAGUUCUGGCUUAUGUCUAAGAACGGCGAGAUCCGACGAGAGAGCAAAUGUUGGGAUGUUGGUUCGAACCCCGGUCGUGUGGCCUUGCACGAUUGUCAUGGCAGUAAAGGAAAUCAGGAAUUUGUUUAUCUUGAAACUGGUGAAAUCAAACACGGGGAUCGAUGUUUAGAAAUGUCUUUGGAUAAGCAGACUCUCCAAAUAAACUACUGCACCGGUUCCGAUCGACAACGAUGGAAAUUCAGUCGAAAGCCAUUCAUGCCUCCGGAUGCACAGUAG